CUCCAAGGGCCUGGUGCUGCCAAGAUUGUUCGUUUUGUUUGGAAAGAGAGCAACAAUCCUGGCUGAUAGCCAGGAUACCGCAUCGCUGCCCAACAGCAGCCCGUACGCCGCUUUCGCAAUGACAGACAUGUGCGAGCUCCAGCUCGAACGCGGCGCCCUCGUAUUGCGCGGAUUCGACGACUCUCCCAUGUCCUCCGCGAUGUCCUCCGCGCGUUUCUACAAGCUCGAUCGUUCCGCGCUGGCGGAGCGCUUGCCCUCGUCCUUCGCGGAGCUCGACUCCCUGCUCGGCGUGAAAACAGCCGCCGAGCACUUCACGGCGGCCUUCCGCCUGCCGUGCCUCGCCGGGGCCGACGACAGGCGGCUCUUCGCCAAGGUGUGCGAGUGGGCGCUCGAGGCGCUGCAAGAUCCGGCGCUGCAGGAGCUUCCGCCGCUCGCACCUGGCGAGUCGCGCACGUUUACUGCCCGACAGUGCUGCGGCAUCCUCGCCAACGCGAUGCUCGGCAACGUCGCAGACCUCAUGGCGGAGCACAAGCACAACCUCGGCGGCCUGUCCUUUAUGCGCCACCUGCGCUUCGCGGAGGGGGUGUACGUGCACAAGACGGCAGCGCUGCUCGUGUACUUCGAGGCGAGGAUGCAGGCCGAUGGCACCGAAGACGAUGGCCGCGAGGUCGUGUUCGAGCACUUGCGGUGCCCCUUGGAAAGCGAGUUUGAAGAGCUGGUGCGGCGGCGCGGCGACGUGCGACUGGCUGCCGAUGCGAGCACUUGCACGCUGCACGCGGACGUGAUGGAGGCGCCGCCUGCCGACGCCUUCGUCAACUUCGCCAACAGCAACUUUGGCUACGGCUGCUUCAUACCGAGCUGCACGCAGGAGGAGAUUCUGCAGAUGUGCUGCCCAGAGUUCAAUGUCGGCAUGUUGCUGAUCGGAGCGAUGGGCGACGGCGAGGCGGUCAACGUGCGUGGUUGCCGGCGGUACUCGCGGUACACGGGCUAUCUCGACUCGUACGAGUGCGCGGGCGCGUGGCAGUCGCACACCAUCUGCACCAUCCUCACCCUCGACGCAUGCACGCACGCCCACUUCUCCCGGCGCCACCUGCUCCGUGACGUGCGCAAGGCCUACACCUCCUUCGCCAUGCUCGCCGAGGCCAAGCGCGCGGACGGCGACGCGACGUCGACCGCCGUCGUAUCCACUGGGCGAUGGGGUUGCGGCGUCUUCGGGGGCGUCCCAGCGCACAAGUUUUUACAGCAGCUGAUUGCGGCGAGUCUGGCGGGGGUGCGUCUCGCAUUCUCAACAUUCGGCCAGCCCGACGGCUGCGACGAGCUUCUCGAGAAAAUCGGCCGUACGCAGUUGAGCGUUGGGCAAGCGUGGGAGCUGCUCGGUGCCUGCGACUCGAAUAGUGCGUUUCAGGGGCGGAUGCGGGCUCUCGGUGGAGCGGCUGUGCCGCCGCCGCCGCCGUCGUCGUCCCCAGCGCCGCCAAAGGUGGAAGAGAAGACGACCGUGACGUGGGGAAAGAUCGAAGAUGUUCCUUGGGGCUAGUGGAGUUCGGUAAGUUCGAGGUGUAAGAUGUGCGAACAACCG